AUGGCGACGGCAACUGCGAGUAGGCCCAGCGGGCCGGUCCUGUCGAUUCCCAGCUACUGCUCCGCCUCGCCCACCCGCGUCAACCUGCCCGCCGGUGGCGCCACACGCUCGCCGGGCAAGUCCGUCAGCGUCUCGUCCUCCUCCCCUGCCCCUGCCGGCGCCGCCGCCAGCAAGGGCCGUCGGUCCUGCAUGUGCUCCCCGACAAACCACCCGGGCUCUUUCCGGUGCAGCCUCCACAAAGAGCGCAAGCAGGCGGCUCCAUCUUGCAAGAGCAAGCCCGGCUCCCCGCCAUCCAUCGGCAGCGCCGACUCGAAGCAGAUGGGCAGCGCGCUGGUGCGGCUUGUCCCCAUGGAGAGCGGGCACUGGGCACGCAGGGCGCUCGCGCCGUCCCCCGCGGCGCAGCAGUCGCUCCAGCACCGGAGGCGCGUGGGCCGGUCCCGUCCCCGGCCGAGCCGGCUCUCCGCUGUGUCCAUGGCCGGCGACCGCGCCGGGGACAACCACCAGUAG